AUGGGAGGAGAAGGAAGAAAUAGACCUGUUCUAGCUGCUCAAGAAAAAGGUCCGGGGUCUGGACGCUACUCGCUCCCCACCUGCGUUGGACAUCGCGGACACGACCCGACCAAGAAAUGCAUGCCGCACUAUUCCUUCGGAAAGAGGCUUGAAAAUCCCAUGUUUCGCAAGGACUGCAGUCCUGGGCCAGGGUACUACAUCGAUUCAGCUACCACUAGGUUCGGAACGGGCGGCACUCCGUCGUACUCGAUUCUCGGACGACAGAUGGACCCAAAGGUGUUCAAGACACCGUCUCCUGGUGCCUACUAUCCGGAGAAAGUACACCCACAGGGGGAGAAGCAUGCUCCAGCCUACUCCAUGAGUGCUCGCACCAGGAACCCCAAAAAGGACAACACUCCAUCCCCAAACUCCUACCAGCUCCCGUCUCUCCUGGGUUCCAAGGUGCCCAACAAGCGUUCGUCCGCUGCCUACUCCAUGGCCUACAGGUCGUCUACUGGAGCUUUCUCUGAAGACCUCGCCAAGACGCCUGGGCCUGGCCACUACAAUGCAGUGGCACCCAAUGUGUACGUGAAGAAGGCACCGGUCUACUCCAUGCUUAGCAGGAGUUACAUGCCUGGAGACUCUACCAAGAAGCCAGGGCCUGGUGCUUACAGCCCUGAGAAAGUAUCGUGCAACAAAAUGUCGUCACCAAAGUACUCUUUGGGAAUCCGCCACUCAGAAUACGUCUACACUCCCCAUUUCGCUGAAGUGCAAGAUUGA